UGUACAUAAUGAAGCAUCUUUUAAAAUUUGCGUUAAGGAUUUUGUAUAAUGUAGGAGCGGAAUUCUUUGUACAAUUCAUAAAUAACGAAGCGUUGCUUUCUACAUUUUCGUAAAGUUGAGCAAUUUUCAACGCUAAUGAAUCGAGUCUACUAUUGUGUAAAUGAAAUUGUUUAAAUUAAGUAUCGACAUGUCAAAGAGAAUGUCAUCACUGAUAUUAUGUUGCACCCAGGCAAUAAAAGGACAGUUAUUAUUUCGUACAUCCCUUUUUACCCAACAAACUCGGCGCAUGCAAGUUCACGAACAUGUCGCAUACACUUUAUUAAAAUCAGCUGGAAUUCCAACUCCGCCUUAUGGAGUAGCUAAAACACCAGACGAGGCUGCUAAAAUAGCCAAGGAUCUGGAUACGAAAGAUAUCGUUUUAAAAGCGCAAGUUCUUACCGGAGGCCGUGGAGUAGGACACUUUAAAGGCACCAACGUCAGAGGUGUUAUUAUGUGCGAAACCCCUGAACAAGCAAAGACUUUCGCCAAUGAUAUGAUAGGAAAAUUAUUAAUAACAAAACAAACUGGAGCCGCUGGAUUAAUUUGUAAUUCAGUAAUGGUAACGACGCGGAUGUUCCCUCGCAAGGAAUACUAUCUUGCAGUCAUGUUGGAGAUCAGUUUUAACGGUCCCGUGAUAAUUGUGUCAAAACAAGGCGGCGUAAAUAUUGAGGACAUUGCCGCCACGAAUCCUGAAGCUAUAACGUAUAUACCAAUUGAUAUCAUGAAGGGUCUAACAACCGAACAGGCAGAUCUCAUUGCAGACAAGUUAGGUGUAAAAGGAGAGGACAAAGACAUUGUUUCCACGAUCGCUUGCAAUCUUUAUGAAUUAUUUAUCGAAAAAGACGCCUUGUUGCUUGAGAUAAAUCCAUUUGCAUUAGACCUUUGCGGAGAAUAUCAUGCCUUGGAUUGUAAGUGUUCUUUCGACGACAGUGCAGAAUUCAGACAGAAAGAAUUAUUUGCUCUUCAGGAUUGGACGCAAUUAGAUCCAAAGGAAGUUAAAGCAGCUAAAUUUCAGUUGAACUACGUAGGUCUAGAUGGGAAUAUAGGCUGCAUGGUGAAUGGAGCAGGAUUAGCAAUGGCUACAAUGGAUAUCAUACGUUACUAUGAUGGUAUGCCAGCCAACUUUUUAGAUGUGGGUGGCAGUGCCACUGCAGAAACCGUCAAGGAGGCGUUCCAAAUAAUAGUCUCUGAUCCAAAGGUCGAAACUAUCUUCGUUAAUAUUUUUGGUGGUAUCAUGAGAUGCGACAUAAUUGCGCAAGGAAUAAUCUCUGCGACUAAGGAUCUGAAAUUGGAGAUUCCGAUAGUCGUAAGGCUGCAGGGAACUAACAUGGAAGAAGGAAAAGUACUGAUACGCGACGCGAAAUUAAAAGUCAUUUCCGUGGACGAUUUUACCCAAGCGGCUGAAGCGGCUGUAAAGUUGGUGACAGUAGUGAACUUAGCAAAUUCCUUGAAUCUAGACAUUUCUUUCACAAGCAAAGAGAAAUCUGAUAAAAAAUGUAACAGUUCGAAGUAGGGUAAAUCUCUUUGUGGGAAAUAUUCGGAGCGUAUGUUUAUCAUUUUUGACCUCAUAAUCGCUUCUUUUUUACUUGCAUGUACGGUGAAGAGUUUUCGAAUCGAAACUAUUGACACUAGAAAAUAUACAACAAAUACUUAAUAUCGUCUUCGCAAAAUUUUACUUUAUACAGAAAGUUAUAUAUUUGUAUAAAAUAAAUAUUUUCCAUUGAAAUUGUGUAGUUCAUAGUCUACUUUAAAAUCUAAGCGAAUGAAAUUAAUCCCGUUAAACUUCUUUCAAUAUAGACGCGAUAAUUACUUGUUAUUAUUUCUUACAUUUUCCUUAUU